AUGCCAUUUGGCCAGAUAACCAGUCUUGGAAGUGGACGGAAAGCAGCUGGCUCAGUCACAUGCCAUUGCUCGCUAUGUGGCCUAGGCAAUUUGGUCAUGCUGGCAAGACUCCUUUCGACGAAGCACUUGUUGAUUGAUCAAUCGCUGAUCAGUACAAGGAUUUCGACUCAGCAGCUUGGCCCUUCUUUGCUGUGCUACUGGGAUUCGAAAAGGGUGACUUGGACGCCCAGCUAA